AUGUCUCAAGCAAAUCCCUCAUUUCCGACUCGAAAUGUCUACGCUUCGUCGAGUAAACUGCCCGAUCGCCCUGCCCCGAAAUCCGGCGCCGCUCUUCCUCCACAACCAUAUGCUCAGUCGACCUUUGGCCGACGGCCGGAGCAGCCAUAUCAAUUCGGGCAGUCGACGGCGACACAACAGCAGCAUGGCGCGUUGGGAGGAAGACAAAGUAUGGAGAAGGAAUCAAAUGCCCUGAGUGAACUCAGCGAAGAGCAAAAGGAUGAAAUCAACGAAGCAUUCUCACUAUUUGACCUUGACCGAGAUCGCCAUUUGGACUAUCACGAACUCCGCGUCGCCAUGCGAUCCCUGGGAUUUUCCGUUCCCAAACCCGAAGUCGCGCAGAUAAUGCAGUCGCACGGCGUGCCCAAACCGCAAUUUAAAAGAGGUCCUCCUGGGAGAGGACAACAAUCGUAUCAUUCAAGCCAACUUCUUCUCCCCCAAAAUGCAUUUCAGCGCAUUGCGGCGCAAAAGGUUUUUGAGCGGGAUCCGACAGACGAAGUGGAACGCGCCCUGCUUCUGUUCGACCCUGAUCAAAGGGGUUACAUAGAAGUCGAGGACAUCCGGAGGGUGUCCCGUGAGCUGGGGGAAACCGGGCUUGAGGAUGAGGAAAUUCAAGCCAUGGUUGAAGAGUUUGAUUAUGACGGGACUGGAAGUGUCGCAAAAGAGGCAUUCUAUGCCAUUUGUCUUCAAUGA